AUGCAUCGUCGCAAAGUCACUAUUUGCGCUCUUCAGCUCACGCAGCGGAGGUGCGCGUCAACGGCAGCCAAAGUAAAGCCUUCGGAAUGGGCGUCCGUCGACUCUAUUCUUCCUCCACAGUCGACCCUGGGUAAAUGGUCCAGAGCGCAAACAACGUCCUUUAAUAGUGACCCUGAUGACUUCCAAGGAGUGUCUUUGCGUGGUGGACCUGCUCCCUCCGCUUCAAAAUGGGCUCGUCCCGCAACUCCUCAAUCGCGACCUGGCAUGAGUGCUCUUUUAACAAGAGCAUCCGAUGCUUCUAGUCGUGGCUCCACUUCUCGGCAGAAAUUGCAACGAGACCAAGCGCCUCAUAUGGGGACGCGCCCAUCUCCGGCUCAGAAGCAGUCUCAAGAACCACCUCCAAGACAGCGGGAAGAACAUCAUGGAGACCACAAAACUAGGAAGGGAAUGGAAUCAUCGCAGGUUAAAGGAGUUUCAAACACAGAGCAAGAGAGACAUCGCUUCUCUGCAGCGUUUGCUGUGGACGAAGACUUGGAUGUUGGCCGGAAUAGACGUCCUGAGCGGGUGAACGUAAAGGAUCGAGGCUCGCUUCGGCAUGCUAGAGAUGCCGCCAUUCCUAGCCAUUCCCGGAUACAUCAAACCAACCCAAAGCAUGGCUCGAAAGCAAAAAAGGCGAAGGUUCACUCAAAGAAAAUAGCCGUUGAUGUAUACAUUCCUACGACGGUUUCUGUUGGUCAACUUGCAAGGCUGUUAAACGUGCGGCAGACACUACUCCAACGCAAGAUGGUCGAAGCGGGGAUGGCAGCCGAGGCGUCAUAUGACCAUGUAUUAACAUCCGAUUACUCUGCCCUUCUUGCGGAAGAAUUUGGCCGCAACCCUAUCAUCAAUGAUGAGGCUGCUUUUGAUAUAUAUCCCCCUGUUCCGCAUCUUGACCCAACUACUCUUCCCAUACGCCCACCCAUCAUUACGAUCAUGGGUCACGUCGACCACGGUAAAACUACUCUUCUAGAUACCCUUCGCUCAGCAUCUGUUGCCGAUAGUGAGGCUGGUGGUAUCACGCAGCAUAUUGGUGCGUUCUCUGUGCCUGUCCAGGGUUCCUCUAGUGGGACAAUUACCUUUCUUGACACCCCUGGACAUGCUGCCUUUUCUGCAAUGCGCUCGCGUGGUGCUAGUGUUACGGACAUCGUUGUUCUUGUCGUCGCAGCGGAUGAUGGUGUGAUGCCUCAGACAAAAGAGGUUAUCGAACUUAUCAAGGGAGAGCGGGACAAGCUUGGGGUUGUUGUGGCUAUCAACAAGGUUGAUAAACCAGAAGCGGAUGUGGAAAAAGUUCAGCAUGCACUCCUUGCAGAGGGCAUACAGCUGGAGGCAUUUGGAGGAGACAUCCCGUCUGUCGAUGUGUCCGGGUUGACGGGACAGGGGUUGGAUGAUCUAAUAGACACCUUGUCUUUGAUGGCCGAGGUACAGGAUUUACGCGCAGAGCGAGAUGGACCAGCCUAUGGGCAUGUCAUUGAAUCAAGGAUGCACAAAGGCCUCGGAUCUACUGCGACAGUCCUGGUUUCACGUGGAUGUCUGACUCCUGGCGCUCAUAUCCUGGCAGGCACAUCUUCCGGCAAAGUCCGUCUUAUGUCGGAUUCAUCUGGCGCACCUGUUAAGGCUGCAUACCCUGGAAUGGCGGUCACCGUGUCUGGGUGGCGCUCACUUCCGAGCGCAGGUGAUGAAGUUGUGCAGGGGAGCGAGGGCGACGUAAAAAAAGCCCUUGCAAAUAGGGUUAGGAAGAAGGAAGUGGAAACCGUUCUGAUGGAUGCGGAGGCAAUUAAUAUUGCACGAGCAGCAGAACGCGAAAGAGUCCGGAGGGAAGAGGAUAAGAAUCAAGAAGUGAGGAAUGUAUUAGAUGGCGGCCCUAAAGAGCUCCGGCUGGUGAUCAAGGGUGAUGUGAGCGGGAGUGUUGAGGCCGUUGUGGGCGCGCUGGGAGGGAUCGGCAAUGAAAAGGCUCGCGUCAAGGUCGUAUCCACGGGGGUAGGGGAUGUAAUGGAGAGCGAUGUGAUGAUGGCUAAGGCCGCUGAGGGCAUGAUUGUUGCCUUCUCAGUCAACACUCCGCGUUCAGUGGAGACUGUUGCGACACAGAAUCACGUCCCAAUUUACUCGUCCAAGAUCAUCUAUCGGAUCAUGGACGAGGUCCGAGACCGUGUCACCGCAUUGCUGCCUUGCACCUAUGAGACCAAAGUUACUGGCGAGGCGACCGUUUUACAACUUUUUGAUAUCCACCUAAAAGGGAAGACGACAAAGAAGAUUGCAGGCUGCAGAGUCACCAAUGGCACCAUCGAGAAGUCGAAAGGUGCCCGAGUUGUACGCAAUGGCCAAGUAAUCUAUGAGGGUGCCCUCGAUGCGCUUAAGCAGCACAAGAAGGACAUGCCGGAGGUGAAGAAAGGUACUGAAUGCGGGAUCAGUCUGCAGGACUAUGAGGAUUUGCGUGACGGUGAUUUGAUACAGAUGUAUCAGACGAUAGAAAUACCUGGCGUAUUAUGA